CCCAGAAACAUGGCCAUUCCGUCCAAGACAUGGCCAGGAAUACCAUAUACCCCCUGAUAUUCACAUACCUCAACCCAAUCACCAGGAGUUACAGAACUUACAAAAUACAUCAUGAAAAAGGACUUGAUUUUAUCUCGACUCUCCCAGUUCAAUGACAGGUCAGAGAGGUAUUUUGUGUGGAAGUCAAGUUUCAUGAACAUCUCUAAAGAGCUAGAGGUAAACCCUCCUGAGGAAUUAGACUUAUUAUGUCGGUGGCUUGGCCCAGCAUCAUCCAUACAGGCCAACAGUUUGAGAGCUGCUAACUAUUCUAAUGAGGCAGAGGCUGUGAGAAAAAUAUGGGACAGACUUAAUGAACGGUAUGGAGCCCCAGAGUUGGUGGUACAAGCGUUUCAUCAAAGACUUGAAAAUCUUCCAAAACUGGCCAAUAAAGACUGUGUGAAGAUAUAUGAACUCUCAGAUCUUCUCACAGAGUUGGAAUCUUUAAAGCUUGAUGAGCUUUACUCUUCAUCCCUAGCUUACUUGGACUCGUCAGCUGGGGUCAACCCCAUUGUAAACAAACUCCCAGGCUUCAUGCAAGGAAAAUGGACAGAUCGUGCUUUGAGAUAUAAGAGAGAACAUGGCGUACUCUAUCCACCAUUUACGUUAUUUGCUGAAUUUGUCAGGAGUAUGGCCAGCAGGAUGAAUGACCCCAGCUUCAAAUUUGAACCUGUUUCAGCCACACCAGUAAAGGCCUUUGCAAACAACAAAAAGGUUUCCAGUAGCAGUGCUCAUGCUUCUAACACUAAGUUUACGCUUUCUACAAGGAAGACGGAUGUGGUAAAUCAGAACUCUACAGAUCUAGAGAAUACCUGUCCGAUCCACGGAGAAAAGGCGGCACACAACCUGAAAGACUGUAAAACAUUUCAGGCAAAGUCAAUCCCGGAGAAAAAGGAUGUUAUACUGAAGUAUGGAAUAUGUUUUAAAUGUUGUGUAGGGAAGCACCUGGCUAAGGAUUGUACACAAAACAUAAAAUGUGGUAACUGCGGUAGUGCCUCUCACUGCACUGCAUUUCAUUGUGAACCUGACUCAAGUCAUGGCGGGGAAUCGGACAGGAAAUGUGAGUCACCUAGAACCAAUUCAAAAGUGUUGAAUAAAUGUACACAGAUCUGUGGAACCUCCAAUAGCUUCAAAGGGAAAUCCUGUGCUAAAACUAUACUCAUUCAAGUCUUCCCUAACGGACGUCCGGAGGAAGCUCUAAAGGCUUACGCCAUAAUAGACGAUCAAAGCAAUCGUUCGCUGGCCCGUUCUGAAUUCUUUCAACACUUCAAUGAAAAUUCCGGUGAGACGGAGUAUAUAUUGUCAUCAUGUGCUGGAACAGUGACAACGUCUGGAAGGCGUGCUACAGGGUACACCAUCCAAUCCUUGGACCAAACUUGUAGUCUCCGGUGUCCAACUCUUAUUGAGUGCGAUGAAAUUCCCAAUGAGCGACAGGAAAUUCCCACCCCCGCAGUGGCUAGGCAUCAUAAGCAUCUUAAUGAUAUAGAACAAUUCAUACCAGAAUAUGACCCUGAAGCACAGAUCUUGCUUUUAAUCGGCAGGGACAUGAUUGCUGCUCAUCACAUACUUGACCAGCGAAUAGGAUCAGACGACGAGCCAUACGCACAAAAGCUCCGCUUAGGCUGGGUGAUCAUUGGCGAAACAUGUUUAGGAAAAGUCCACACCUCGGAUGUUGUGAGUGUUAACAAGACUCAUGUUUUACAAGACCAUGGUCGGGAGUCUGUGUUGAAGCCAUGCCCUGAUAAUUUCGAGUUAAGGGACGAGCAUAUGAACUCGGAUGUAUUCCAGACAACUCUGCAUGACGAGGAGAUUGGUUUAUCCCAAGAGGACAGAGAAUUCUCAAGGAUAAUGAAGAAAGGAUUUACAAGGUCAGUUAAUGGAAAUUGGAGUGCCCCACUACCUUUCCGUAAGGGUCGUAAGAGGCUACCGAACAACUAUCAGCAGGCUCGGCAGAGAGCUGAAAACCUCGUGAAGAGUUUGAAGCGUGACCCAGUUAAACAAGAACAUUUUGUCCAGUUCAUGAAGAAAAUAUUCGAUAACAAGCACGCAGAGGAGGCCCUACAUGUAAGGGAGGAAGAAGAACAUUGGUAUUUACCGAUCUUUGGGGUGUAUAACCCUCAGAAACCGUCUAAAGUCCGCGUGGUUUUCGAUUCCUCGGCUAAGUACCAGGGUUUAUCGUUAAAUGAUGUCUUGUUGACAGGCCCAGAUUUGACCAACAAUCUGGUUGGGGUUCUGUUGAAAUUUCGAAAGGAAAGGAUUGCUGUAACUGCAGACGUAGAACAAAUGUUCUUCAACUUCGAGGUACAUGAAGAACAUCGUAACAUGCUACGCUUUCUUUGGUUUAGGGACAAUGACCCAGCGAGGGAAAUCACAGAAUACAGGAUGCGUGUACACGUUUUCGGCAACUCACCAUCCCCAGCUGUCGCUACACAUGGGCUACGCAAAGCAGUGUGUGAUCACGAGGAAAAUCGCAGUCGUUGCGAUGAGGUUUGCAAUUAUGUGAGAGAAAAUUUCUAUGUGGAUGAUGCCCUCGUGUCACGUCAACAUGAGGAGGAUAUAGUGAAUCUCGUAAAGCAGACACAGGAAAGACUGAAACAAGGCGGAAAUAUUCGACUGCAUAAGAUUAUUUCUAACAAUGCAAAUGUCGUCGCAAGUUUCCCAUUGAGUGACUUAGCGGAGAAUAUGUCAGAGUUGGACUUCACCACAGGGACUUCUAGUGUUCAUAGGAGUCUAGGAUUAAGCUGGGAUGUCACAAGAGACAUCUUUACUUACAAGGUUUCAGAGGAUGAUAAGCCCUACACUAAGAGAGGUUUACUAUCGACAGUACACAGUAUAUUUGAUCCUCUCGGGUUUGUGGCCCCCGUUGUACUCGGUGGAAGACUGUUAAUGAGAGAGGCUAUUCACAACAAUGACAUUGGUUGGGAUGAAGUUUUACCCUACAAUGUUGAAGGUUCCCACUGGGAUGAAUGGAAAAGGUCACUUAAAGAUCUCGAAACUCUGAAGAUACCAAGGAUUUGUACAGAAAUAUCUCUAGAAGAGGGUGUGCGACGUGAACUGCACAUGUUUUCUGACGCGUCAAAGGAGGCCAUUGGGACUGUAGGAUAUUUAAAGGUCUAUGAUGCCAGCGGUGACUCGAGCCUUGGUUUUGUGCUUGGCAAAUCCAAGGUUGCGCCAAGACACGGACACACCAUUCCCAGACUGGAAUUGUGUGCAGCGGUACUGGCCACUGAGCUGUCAGACUUCAUAACAAAACACUUAGCAGUUUCAUUAGACGCUACAUAUUUCUACACAGACAGUCAGGUCGUUUUGGGUUAUGUCAACAAUAAAACCCGACGAUUCCAUGUGUACGUCAGUAACAGAGUCAAUAGAAUCCUAAGGUCGUCCUCAAGUGCACAGUGGAAUUAUGUACCUACCACUGCUAAUCCUGCGGAUCAGGCUACAAGACCAGUGAAGGCAUCCGAUCUUCGCAAUAGUAAGUGGUUCAAAGGCCCAGUCGCCUUUCUUGACAAGGACGCUGAAAAGAAAACAUUUGAUCUAGUCGAUCCAGAUCAGGACAAGGAAAUUCAACCUAAGGUAGAUGUCCUCAAGACGUCAGCACUAGUGACUACAGAGAGGCUCGGUGACAAUCGUUUUCAGAGGUUCUCUUCUUGGACAAGGUUGACAUCAGCAAUUUCACGACUCAAACAAACGGCAGCAUCACACCACAAGUGUGACAAUUUGGACACCCGGAACAACGUGGACUUACGUAAAGAAGCAGAACUACUAGUAUUGAAGGAAGUACAAAGGGAAAUGUAUUCAAGCGAGUUGCAUUGUCUACAAGGAAACAAGCUUCUUCCAAAAACGAGCAGUUUAUUGACCUUCUCACCUGUACUGGAUAAGAACGGCUUGUUAAGGGUAGGCGGGCGUCUCAAAAACACUAAGCUAGAGACCGGGGAGAAAACACCUAUUAUAAUUCCAGGAAGUCACCAUGUUGCUAAAUUAUUAGUCAGACAUUAUCACGAAGAACUUCAUCAUCAAGGACGACAUCUCACAGAGGGUGCGAUCCGCUCUGCUGGAUAUUGGAUAACAGGAGGGAAGCGUUUAAUCAACUCUGUUCUCCAUGCGUGUGUAAACUGUAAGAAACUUAGAGGAAAGGUGGAACACCAGAAAAUGUCUGAUCUUCCAUCGGAUCGUCUGACCCCAAGCCCUCCGUUCACAUACGUAGGAGUCGAUACCUUUGGUCCCUGGUCCGUAACUACACGUCGUACUCGUGGAGGAAUCGCCAAUUCCAAACGGUGGGCUAUCAUGUUCUCCUGUCUCGUCACACGAGGAAUACAUAUCGAAGUUGUGGAAGAGCUUAGCUCGUCUUCCUUUAUCAAUUCCCUACGUAGAUUCAUAUCACUUCGAGGACCUGUCAGGGAAUUUAGGUCGGACUGCGGAACCAACUUUGUUGGAGCAACAGGUGAACUUGGCAUGAACACCAUAAACAUAGAGGAUCAGGACAUUGGAAGCUUUCUUGUUCAUCACAAGGUCGUGUGGAAGUUUAACCCUCCUCAUGCGUCACACAUGGGUGGUGCCUGGGAAAGGAUGAUAGGUCUUGUUAGGAGAAUUCUGGACUCAAUGCUUUGUGAGGUUCAAGGGAAACAACUUACCCAUGAAGUGUUGUGUACACUUAUGGCAGAGGUGUGUGCCAUCAUUAACAGCAGACCUAUUACUUCAGUUUCUAGUGACCCAGAUUCACCUACCAUUCUUUCUCCGAGCGCGCUCAUCACCCAGAAAGUAAAUGAGGAUGAAGAACCAUUUGAAGAACUUGGUAUCAAAGAUAUGUACAAAUCCCAAUGGCGGCAUGUCCAGGUACUGGCUGAUCAGUUCUGGAAUAGGUGGAGUAGUCAGUACCUUCAAAACCUUCAGUUGAGGAUGAAAUGGCAGCAGGAACGAAGGAAUUUGGAAGUUGGAGAGGUUGUUCUCAUGAUGGAUUCUAGUGUCCCUCGCAAUCAAUGGCCAGUCGGUCUUGUUGAGAGAGUAUUUCCCAGUUCAGAUGGACUAGUGCGGAAGGCAUCAGUUCGUGUGAUGCGAGGCACUGUACCAGUGACAUACAUACGUCCAAUUACGCAAUUAGUGUAUUUGUGUUCGGAAUGACUCGGAACUUUUCAUGUUUUAUUUGGAAACCUGUAGGACAAUCUGUUAUAAUAUUGUGUGGUGAGUUGAUAAUAUCAACUCAGGCGGGGAAUGUCGUGUUUCAGUUUCAGUGUGUUAAGUAAACGCAUCAAUUAUCUAGAAGUUUUACGAUAAGUAUAGGAUUUACCUCCCUUGUCACACGUUUCAAGUAGAUAGGUUUACUUUCACUUUCGGAUUUCCCAGCAUGCUCUUUGAGUAGAACAAGGAAUAUGGCGCCUGUACGGCAAACUUGGACAAGGUUUAAGAACCUAAUAGGAAAAUUAAGGCCCCCACAGACUUUCUACCUUCCCCAGGGAAGUUUGUAAUUAGGAAAAAUAAAGGUGUUUUUGAAGAAAAAACAAAGGUGUUGGACAUUACAAUGUGUGUUGUGU